CCAGAGCGGCAGCGGGAGGACGGCCAUGCCAUCACAAAGGUUCCGGAUUUCCCCCGGUACACUUAGUCAAGUUGCAACGUUGUUCAAACACAGAAACUACUUGACCCCGCUUAGUAUGCACAUAAUAAUGUUAAUUAACAAGUAACGCUUUGUCUCAGGCCCAAAAUAACUAACCGUAACCGUGGUGAGAGCUGGUAGGUAAAUGGUGACCCGGCCACCCGCCCCCCGCGGUCCACCCACCAACAAAGGUCGAGGUAAGCGAUGCUCAAAAGCCAUGUGUUCUGAUUUCUCAUGCCCAGUGUAACACACACCUUCACGCGGGACGGAGGAGCACCCGCUCAGUGCCAGCCCCGCUCGUCUCUCGCCAGCGCGUGGUGCACGCCGCAGUGCCAACACCCACGCCGCACCAGUGCCCGUGUUUGUGUGCUCCCUGACAGUGAUCCGCGAGUCUUGUGGUGGCGAACACGUGUCGAAGGAAACAUAAGGGAACACGAGUGAAAGACUAUGGAAACUGAUGAUGAAGUCUUGAGUGCAGGACUUGUAACAGUGAACUACUUGUAGUGACGCGCGUGAGGGCUGCCCACACCUGAGUGACCUGAGGACUACCCGAACUACGGGAGCCCCGCUCCGGAAUUUCUUCCGUGGGGAGUAGGGGAGAGGCGCGUUGCCUCUUAUCUUGGAACUUCUUCAUAACUUUUGCACUUCCUGCACUUUUGCAAAGAAAGGAUGCUGCCACAGGGCCUCCAGGAGACGCUGCCGGAGUUCCCACUCUCCGCCGGCGCCACCUUUGGCUCUCUGGUCAUCGAUGAAACCUCCCCCACGCCAUACUCCGAUGCCACGCAGACGAAGAAACAUCCGCCCAACCACAUCAAGCGGCCCAUGAACGCCUUCAUGGUGUGGUCGCAGAUGGAGCGGCGAGAGAUUGUCAAAUUCGCCCCCGACACCCACAAUGCCGAGAUCUCCAAGCAACUAGGCCGCCGCUGGAAGAUGUUGUCGGAGGAGCAGCGGCGACCGUACCGAGAUGAAGCUGAACGCCUGAAACAGCUGCACAUGCGCGAGUACCCGGAUUACAAGUAUCGGCCGCGUAAGAAGUCGAAGGAUCCACUGAAGGGCGUAUCAGAACGGUGCGGCGGGAAAGUUGGUAAGGUGCACCAGAUGAACAGUCUUUGUAAGGAGUUUGCCAAUGGUAUCAAGCCAAAGGAUUGUCUCCUCAACAAUGCUAAGCCAGGAGACCUCCAGGGAAUGGAAGAUCACGUGAGUUGGUCCCUGCCCCUUACCCCAACCUCCCCGCCACGCGUCCCCACCAGUCCCACCACCUCCGAUCUUCCAGACUCUCCGGAGAGCGCAUUUAGCUUCGACGAUCACGCCUUCAUCAGGUCCUCGAUGGUCACCUUCCCGCCCACACCUAAGCAGAGUUACGGUGCACCCACUGAAGGUCUUCCCCGCUCGUCUCCGGGCACCAACACGUCUUUCCCCUAUCACAACGCUGUUCCUUCUGCCCCCUCCCCCAGCAGGACAAGCAGCUGCCUCUAUAAUGUUCCCCAAAGACACCCGCUCUACCAGCCAACCUUCUUCGCCGAACAAAAAUUGGCACACGCUUAUUUAAAGCCCGAGGUGCUCAAUCCAGCGGCGUAUCUCAAGCAGGAGCAGGAGCAGCUUCAUCUACAGCAACAACACCAUCUCCAGCAGCAGCAGCAGAAGGCAAACUUCCAUCAGCAUCAGCAGCAGCAUUCCUGCCUCUACUCGCCGGUUGGUUCCCAAGUUGGUUCAUUCUUCGCGUCAGCUGUUGCAGCCCACCACCAUCACCACCAUCAACAACAACAACAGCAGCAACAACAACACCAUCAUCACCAUCAACAACAACAGCAUCAACCGACAGUCAAAGUGGAGGCCCAGGAAGCUCACCCCGCCACGCUUGAUGACCUCGACAACAUCGGGGUCACGGAGUUGAUUCCCAUGACCUCUGACCUGAAGGUGGAGCUGGACUCGCUGGCUGACCUGGGCUACGAGUCUGGAGGGUCAGGGGCGGGGAGCUGGGCUAACGUGUCCAUCACCUCGGCAAACUCAAACGUCCUUGCUGAUUUCGAGAUUAUGAAUGCAUGGAUCAACUCUUGAACGAGUGAUGGUGAGGUUCUACCCGUCUUUCAGAAACGCGUGUGCUCGAUUAGUGGUGCCUGGGAGGUGAGAGAAAGUGAGAGAGAAAGGGAGAAAACUGCUGUGUUCCCGAUGCGUGAGUACUGUUGGUUACUGCAAUGUCGUUAAUGGCGUGACUGAAACUUUCUUGUGCAUAUCCCGCUGCUGUGUCAUGACUGUCUAUGUACAGCUGUGUGUGUGCGUGUAUAUAAUUGUAAUGGAAUACACAUGACGUCAUUGCCGGGUAUUCGUAUAGACUAGUUACCAGUUAGCCAGAUGUUGUGUGCUCGCCCAGUAUUUUAACUUCUCACUUGCACCAGAUCAACUCUAGUCACUCUGUACUGCAAAUAUGAGGAUUCUAAGAAAAAAAAAUCAGUAAAAAAAAAAAAAAUGUGGCUGUUCCUAGACGGCUAUGCUCGUGUCACAGCAGAAAAUAAUAUAGUACCCCAACGAAAUCUCAUGUACUGACGUCCACGGACACUAACAAUGAAUCAAAACGAAAGGACCACGAACACAGGCGCCUCGUGGUCCCAGGACGAGUGUUGUUCAGUAUACAGUGACGAGCAGUGGCGCACCGGCAGCCUACUUUCAUGGCCUCUCAAAACCCGGUGAACGUUACCUUAGUUGUUACUACUGCCGAUUGCCGACGAACGGCUGAUCAAGACCUGUGGCUGGGUCGUGAUGGUGGUGGUGGUGGGAGUAGUGAGUGUAGUAAUGGUGAGUGGUGGUGGUGGUGGUGGUGGUGCAGAGCUGAGAGGGAUGAGAGCCGACCUGCCUACGUGGUGGGCGAGUGACGCUGGAGAUAUCCAAGCUCACCACGCACGGCCACGCUGCCUAACCUGUCUUGGUGGGAUGCCAUGGCAAUAACACACACACACAUAUACACAAUAUACGCACAUAUGCAUACACACACACAUACAGGUACACACACACACACACACACACACACACACACACACACACACACACACACACACACACACAAAGUAACACCACAACACAGCCAACACGUUUCAUCUUAAAAAAAAAAAAAAAAAAAACACAUGACAGGUGACGUGAGUGUCGCCCUCUUGUACCUGGCGGCGGCUUGGGUCGUGGCGCUGCGCCCUCCAAACACCGCCACCAGCAGCAUGACGAGGAGGGUGCGCGCCUGACGACAAGACCGCCGCUGUUCAUAAUGUUCCUCGGCUGUCGCGUCUUGGGGUUCUGUGAGGGAGGGCAGGGGCGGCAGGGGAUGAGUAUCUCGCCGCUGCCGCCGCUUCUUCACCUCGUCGCUAGAAGCACAGACUCCCAAGACGCCUCCAGCCUCCCACGCGACGCUCUGGAAGCUUCCUGACGUAAACUGUGGAGUAUUAUAUUGUAAAAAAAAAGAAAUAUAUAUUAUGUAUCAUAGGAGUUCUUUUUUUUAUGUUGUGUGCGUUAGUUUUUUCUUCAGACCGUGUAUUGCAGAUUUUUGUGGUAGACGACUAGAGAGUUAUACUUAGAGAAGAUGAAGAUAGUUAAUAUAUAUGAAUGUUAUAUAAACAAAUUUAUUAGGAAGGGAAUGGUUAGGACGAGGCGCUCAAGUACACAACGAAGGGGAGGAGAAAGCUGGCUUUUUCUUGGUUCCUGCAGUACCACCACCCGGGGCUCUCUCUCUCUCUCUCUCUCUCUCUCUCUAUCUAUCUAUCUAUCUAUCUAUCUCAAUUUUAUCAAUUGAUAUUACUUUAUGUAUUUGCUUCCGGUGACAUUGUCUCAUUAUUUCUAAUGAUAUUAUUUUUUUUUUCUUUACAUUACGUGUUACUCUCUCUCUCUCUCUCUCUCUCUCUCUCUCUCUCUCUCUCUCUCUCUCUCUCUCUCUCUCUCUCUCUCUCUCUCUCUCUUUCUCUCGCCCUGCUUGUGUGUUUAUCGGUACGUCUUGUUGUGGCUCAAAUAUUUAUGCAAAACUUGUGUACAUAAGAUAUUUAUUAUUAGGAUUUUUCUUAAGCAUUUAUUUAGCUGCAAUUGACAACAUUUUAUACGUUUGCACCACCGAAAUAAAGUUACUGACUGAAGGAA